AGUCAGGCAGGCGGCGGCGGCGAGGAGGCGGAGGCAGGGCCGGGGCCGCGGCUGAGGCGCAGGCGGGGGCGGGUGGCGGCGGCGGGGCCGGGGAUGGAGGCGCCGCGCAGCGCCCCGCCGCCAGCCGCCGGCCGCUGAGGGGCCGGGAGCGGGGCCGGGGCCUCGGAGCGGCCGGAGGGGGGCAGCGCCCGGCCGGCAGCGCCCGCGGCGCCGUGACUCAGAGGCGCGGCCGGCCGGGGGUGAGCCGGGGCUUGUUGUCGUGGGGCUCGGCCCCGGCAGGUUAUAAAUAGAGCCGCCCCGCCGCCGUGUCACGGGAGGACACCCUGGCGAGGCGCGGGGAGGCGGGCUCGGUUCGGCUCGGCUCUGCCCGCAGCGAUGCGAGCCGGGGGGCCCGGCUGCUAGCCGUGCCGUCUCGGCAGCCCCGGCGGCGCGCCCGGCCGCGUUUGGGUGUUUUUAUCCCCAAAAUAUCGCUGGCUCGAGGCAGUCAGCGGGUCUUCGCCAGGACAGCGAGCAAAUCGUUCAAGCUCGUCUCCGAGCUCUGGAGAAGCAGAGAAGAUGAAGCCCGAAAGAGAUACCUUAGAUGAAUACUUCGAGUAUGAAGCUGAGGAGUUCCUGGUCUCCUUGGCCUUGCUGAUCACUGAAGGUCGAACACCUGAAUAUUCGAUAAAGGGCAGAACAGAGGGCUUCCACUGUCCUCCAGCACAAUCAAGUCAGCCCCCAACAACUAAGCAUGAAUGCAGCGACAGAGUGGCUCAGUGUCGUCAAGCCAGGCGAACCAGAUCUGAGGUUAUGCUGCUGUGGAAAAACAAUAUUCCGAUCAUGGUAGAAGUGAUGUUGCUUCCAGACUGUUGCUAUAGCGAUGAAGGGCCUAACACCGAGGCGAACGAUUUAAACGAUCCUGCAAUCAAACAAGAUGCAUUGUUGUUAGAAAGGUGGAUUUUGGAACCAGUUCCUCGACAAAGUGGAGAUCGAUUCAUUGAAGAGAAGACACUUUUACUGGCUGUUCGCUCUUUUGUUUUCUUCUCGCAACUGAGUGCAUGGCUGAGUGUUUCACAUGGUGCUGUUCCCCGUAACAUUCUGUACAGGGUGAGUGCUGCAGAUGUGGACUUGCAGUGGACGUUUUCCCAGACACCAACUGAGCACGUCUUUCCUGUUCCUAAUGUUUCUCACAAUGUGGCCUUGAGAGUCAGUGUCCAGUCCUUGCCCAGACAAUCGAACUACCCAGUUCUGACUUGUAGUAUUCACACUAACCUUAGCUUUUAUGAAAAGCAAAUGCAAGAUCGUAAGUUACAUCAACGCAGUGAAUCCAGUGCAGCAGAGCAGUGCAGUACCUCCAGUUCACAGCGUGUCUAUGGGAAACAAGCGUGGACAAUGACACCUGAAGGCCUACUUAAUGUAAAAAAGACACCCGAAUUUACUACGUCUAUCAGAAAUUUAAAGAUUUAUCCAACUACUGGCCUUGGAUCUGACUGUGGGGCAUCACAAUCUAAAGUUCAGUGCUAUAAUGCUACAGCAGACAAUAAGACACAAUCUCAUGAAACGGCUGUCAGAACUUUUAAAACCUUUUCUUUAAUUGAUUCCCGUGUUACAAAUGGUCAUUGCUCUCAUCAGUCCACAGGAGAAAUCAACCCUUUAAUAGGCUCUUUACUUCAAGAGCGACAAGAAGUCAUCGCAAGAAUUGCUCAGCACUUGAUUCACUGUGAUCCAGCUACUUCACCAGUUGUUGCUGGACAUCCCUUCAACCUACAUGAAACUGGCUCAGCUACACCAAAAGCUUUUCGGAGUACUUAUGAAGAUGAAAACUUGCUUAAGAAAGGCAAGGAAACCUCCCCUGCUUCUGUUGCCAACUUAGAUAAUGCAAUACAAGAAGAUGGUGGUGAAGGCAAAACCAGAGCAAUACCAGAGAUCCCACGGCUCGAUCCCCGUGCUCCAGUGAACCACUGUGGCCGUCCCUCUGCAGGAGAGGGAAACCCUCUCAUCGAUUCUCUGCUUCAGGAGCGGCAGGAGGUUAUAGCAAGGAUUGCCCAGCACUUGAUUCAUUGCGAUCCAGCGACUUCUCAUGUUACAGGAUGUCCAUUCAAAGUACAUGAAACUAGCCCAGUUACUUCAAAAAUUUUCCGAAGUACAUAUGAAGACGAAAAUUUGCUGAAGAAAGGCAAGGAACCACCUUCUGUUUCUUUUGCUAAAUCCAAUUUUUCUUUGCUAGAAGACAGCAGUAAAUCAAGGACGAAAACACCUGAUACUCCUAGCAGUCCUUCUAGGUUUGAUGGUGAAUCGAAGGCUUCUCUGAAACUCCAAGCAAGAAGAAAAUUGGUUUUAGCAAAACCCAAUGAAGCUGUCCGAAAUGCAUUUCAUCAGACUUCAAAUAAGACUUCUCAUUCAUUUACUAACAUGCACACAUCAUCAUCAUGUGUUAAAGAAAAUAAAUCUGAAUUGCCAGAUAAAUUGGAAAUGAUACAUUCUGGUUAUGUGCAGAAAGACCAGAUAACCAAUAGAAUUAAACAGUGUUCAAAUUUUAGCAGCAUUGAUGAACAGAUUUGCACAAAUAAACUUAAAGAAAGAACAGUUGUUAGUGAGAACAGCAACACGGACAGUUUUAACAAUUUACAGCUAGAUAAAUGCAGAAUACUUGAAGGUACAAAAAAAGCGUCUGCGAUGCAGGCAUCUGACUCUUUGCACAAGAAUGAGCUCAAGUGUUUAGAUAAAGACUCAAAAAAAACAAAUAUUUAUGAGCAAAAUACUCAGCUUAUUAGUAUUGAAAAUUAUUUAAAUAAAGACCAUGACAGUUUCAAAAAUAAAAACAAACAAGAUAAAACAAAAACUGCACAUGAUGAGAAUGAAGACCCAGUAGGCCUUGAUUUCCAAAGCACUUCUCAGAAGAAAUCUGUGGAAGACAGCUCACUCAGGUGUGAGCGGCUGAAGAACCCAGAUGUGCAGAAAGCACCAUCUCUAAAACACACAAAUAUAUGGCGGAAACACAACUUUCGAUCCUUGGAUGGAACUUCAACCAAGGCUUUUCAUCCCAGAACUGGAUUGCCUCUACUUUCAAGUCCUGUUCCUCAAAGAAAAACACAGUCUGGGUGCUUUGAUCUGGAUUCAUCACUGCUGCAGUUGAAAUGUUUGUCUGCAAGAAGCCCACAACAAUGUAUAAACAGAGACAGUGAUCCAGAGAACCAUGGGAAACCGUUUUUAAGUUCUAGUGCUCCACCAGUAACAAGUCUUAGCCUUCUGGGAAACUUUGAGGAGUCUGUCUUGAAUUUUCGCUUAGACCCGCUAGGCAUCGUUGAGGGCUUUACAGCAGAAGUGGGAGCAAGCGGAGUCUUUUGUCCCACUCACAUGACUUUGCCAGUGGAAGUGUCAUUCUACAGCGUUUCGGAUGAUAACGCACCCUCUCCUUACAUGGGUGUAAUUACUCUGGAGUCCCUUGGUAAAAGGGGUUAUCGGGUACCGCCUUCAGGAACGAUACAAGUGACCUUAUUUAACCCUAACAAAACUGUGGUGAAAAUGUUCGUGGUGAUCUAUGACUUGAGAGAGAUGCCAGCUAAUCAUCAAACAUUCCUACGGCAAAGAACUUUCUCUGUUCCUGUGAGACGAGAAAUCAAGCGGACUGUCCAUAAAGAAAAUAGUCAACAGACUGAAGAAAGGCUACUUCGCUACCUCAUACAUCUGAGGUUCCAGAGUUCUAAAUCUGGAAAGAUCUACCUCCACAGAGAUGUAAGGCUCCUAUUCUCUCGGAAGUCCAUGGAAGUUGAUAGCGGCGCUGCAUACGAACUCAAAUCUUACACUGAAUCUCCAACAAAUCCUCAGUUUUCACCAAGAUGUUAGCAAACAAUGGCAAACUAAAGUAUUCAUCAUACUGUUGAUUACUCCUUACAAGGGAAGAUCGGUAAAGCUGACAGUAUAAAAUUAAAUCUGUAAAGGAAUGAAAAUAGCGCUCAAGAGAGAAGGUUCUUAUGUGAUCCUGGACCAGUUUUGUAAAAGGUCUCUGGAAUGAGCUUUGUGUAUUCCAAGUAGACUGGAAAUGUACUUAAAUCUAAUCUUUUUGUACUGUUUAAAACCACUUCAUUGGAUGUGUUGCAAUAGCAAAUUCCCAAGUUAGUUUAGUGUUUACACUUUUUAUUUUAUUUUUCAGUUAUUUAAUAUUUAAUGUUUCAUUUAAUACUCAAGUGAUGUUUGUCUUUAGUGUUCUAAUGUAGCAUAAAUCCUAUGUAAAAUCAUACUAUGUAUUUUUGGCAUUAAUAUUGAAAUCUGAAAUAUAUACAGAUGUCUUUAA